AUGCAUCGCACCUAUUCUAUGCGCACAUCGCGCCUUCCGACCGCAUCUCAGAUCGAGAACCCCCCACCACCGUUAUCAAGCACGAAGACAAACAGAUGGAUGGGCCGAGGCGGUCUUGGGCAUGCCUUCCGUAAGAACGCUGCUGGCGCUUUCGGUCCCGACCUAGCCCGCAAGCUCUCUCAGCUCGUUAAGAUGGAAAAGAACGUCAUGCGCAGCAUGGAGUUGGUUUCCAAGGAGCGCAUGGAGACUGCCCAACAACUUUCGAUCUGGGGUGAGAACUGCGAUGAAGAUGUUUCUGAUAUCACCGAUAAGCUUGGCGUUCUGCUCUAUGAGGUCGGAGAGCUGGAAGACCUUUUUGUCGACCGCUACGACCAGUACCGUGUCACCAUUAAGAGCAUUCGUAACAUUGAGGCCUCCGUGCAGCCCAGCCGGGACCGCAAGCAAAAGAUCACCGACGAGAUUGCGAAACUGAAGUACAAGGAUCCUAACUCUCCUCGCAUCGUUGUUCUCGAGCAGGAGCUUGUUCGCGCCGAGGCCGAAUCAUUGGUCGCCGAAGCGCAACUCUCGAACAUUACUCGUGAAAAGCUCAAGGCUGCUUUCAAUUACCAGUUUGAUGCUCUUCGGGAGCACUGUGAAAAGGUAGCAAUCAUCUCAGGCUACGGAAAGCACCUUCUCGACCUUAUCGAUGACACUCCCGUAACUCCCGGCGAGACCCGCCAAGCUUAUGAUGGAUACGAGGCCAGCAAGGCCAUCAUUCAGGACUGCGAGGAGGCCCUCGCCAACUGGGUCCAGUCCAAGGCUUCCGUCAAACCCAGCUUGUCUCAGCACUCGCGCACCCUUUCCCAGCGCCACCGUGAAUCGGUUGCCAAGGGGCGUGAGAAUGGUGUGGACCUUUCCGGCCAGGACCAGCCCAUGAGGGGUGACCGAGACUCCUGGGUGGCCGCAGACCAGCACCACAGCUAUCACCACGGUGCGGAAGACGGCGAAGAAGGCGGCAGCGAGCUCGGAGAUAUCCGCGGACGCGAAGAAGAGCGAGAGCCCGUCGCCGUCUAA